GGAGCCUAUAUAGAGGCUCGAGAGCUGCACAGUCCCGCAGAUCUGAGGCAGGGGAAGCAGAGGAGGAAGAGAAGGAGGCAUGGACCCGGAGAUGGGCGACAGCUUCGAGUACUACUGGGAGACGCAGCGCUACCUCGAGUGCGAGGAGCUCGUCGGCAGCAUGUACGUGGGCAGCGGCGGCGCGUGCGAGGACGCCACGUCUUACUACGACUCCAACUCGCCGGACGGGUCGCACUCGUCGUCGGCGCGGGCGGGGAGGAGCGAGGUGGUCGCGGUUGACACGGGGGCCGGGGGCGCGGCAGGGGCGAACAAGAACAUCCUCAUGGAGCGCGACCGUCGCCGCAAGCUCAACGAGAAGCUCUACGCGCUCCGCAGCGUCGUGCCCAACAUAACCAAGAUGGACAAGGCGUCAAUCAUCAAGGACGCGAUCGAGUACAUCGAGCAGCUGAAAGCCGAGGAGCGGCAGAUGCUCCAGGAGGUGCGCGCCCUCGAGGCCGCCUCCGGUUUGGCGGGCGGCGCGGAGGAGCACUACUACAGCGAGGGCCUCCUCCUGCAGGCCGAGCGGGGGAAGAAGAUGAAGCGGGCGCAGUCCGUGCCGUCCAUCACCAGCGGCGCGUCCCCGCCGGUGGAGGUGCUCGAGCUACGCGUGUCGGACGUGGGCGACCGCGUGCUGGUUGUGAGCGUUACGUGCAGCAAGCGCCGCGACGCCAUGGCCCGGGUGUGCCGCGCGCUCGAGGAGCUCCGGCUCAAGGUCAUCACCGCCAACAUCACGUCCGUCGCCGGGUGCCUCAUGCACACCGUCUUCGUCGAGGAAGAGAGAUCGGGUCAAAAAAUCGUCGUCCUGUUCCUAGGUGGACGAACGCCACGUCACUCGUCAUCACAUGGCGCCAAUCAUCGUGAUUCUUUUGGGGGAGCUAAUCAGAUCUGCAUUGUCGCUGCCUAAUCACGUGCUUAUUAAUCAACUCGAAUCCGCACGUGCUUCACAUGCAGAAUUGAGUAGAGAGAAACGGGAGCAGAGGACGCCCUUGUAGUGGGGGACGAAUGGAAAACGACCGCCACGUGCUCCACGCGGCUCAUCGAUCUUUUCAUUCCAGUACUACUACCACCACAACUUCUUUUUCACAUGUCGUGAUUGUUUUCUGUUCUAUGUGGAGCACAGUUUGCACGUGCUCGAGUCGUUAGGCCAGCAAAAAAUUCCGUUCUAUCAUUUAUGACGUAAGUUAAUGUUCUCUUAACUCUUUUUUCUUACAUAUAAAUUUAUAUGAUUAGCGUAUGGUUAGUUGAAAAUGCGUAGAAUAUGAACAUACGAUAUGUGGGUGGUUGACUUUGGUAUCAACUCGAUUGUUAUUUUGAAAAAAAAACUUCAGCAUCAACGCAUGCUG